AUGCCGCCCAAGAGGCGCGGAGCUACCGCCAGCUCCUCCGCCGCAGCACCCAAGCGUGCGCGGCCCUCCAAGCUCGCGAAGGAAAACAAUAUCACCGCCGAAGAGGAGAACGAAAUCAAAGAAGUCUUCCACCUCUUUGCGGAUGCACACGAAGAUUUCCCCGCCGAGAAAGAAGGCGUAAUUCCCCGCGAAGACGUUCGCAAAGCACUCGUAGCCCUCGGCCUCCCGCCCGCAGACUCCUCUGAACUCGCCGACAUCCUCUCCGCCCUUGACCCGACCCUAACCGGCUACGUCCCCUACAGCCCUUUCGUAUCGGUCGCCGCGGCCAAGCUUCGCUCGCGCGAUGAUGACGCCAUGGCUGCAGAGGUGGACGACGCCUUCCAGUUAUUCACACGUGGAUCGGGCGGCGCAAUCUCCCUAGGCCACCUGCGGCGCAUUGCGCGCGAGCUCAAGGAGGACUCGGUGGACGAUGAAUUGCUAAAGGAUAUGAUUCUAGAGGCGAAUGGCGGCGCUGGGCUGAGUGCUGGCGUGACGCUGGAGCAGUUCCAUGAUGUGAUGUCACGGGCUGGUGUUUUCUAG